CACCAGUCAGGUUGAUUUCUGUUCAUGAUAUCCUUGUUCUUGCUUUAGCGGCUGAGGAUUGGUUGUGCUGUGUUUCCCAUAUUAUGUUCAUUUCUAUCACUAUUCCUAUAUCCCCUGUUUAUUAUUCCUCCUCUCAUGUCCUCCCCCCCUAUAUCUUUUUUUUUUCUCUUUUCUAUUCUAUUGAUUUUCAUUGUUUUUCUUUGUAUAUCCUACACAUUGAUGUAUUGAUGUAUGGAGUGGCUCUACGACCACCUACGACGAGACGAGACGUGAGACACGAGAGCACAUGAUAGACUGAUACACUGGAGUGACAUAGAUAGAACCAUCGUAUA